GGUCUGAAAGAAUAUUGUUUGCUGAGACACGAUAAUAUAACUCACUCUUCAUCAAGUUGCCUGAACGCUGCUCGUAUAUCGAUACUAUGCUUCUUCUUCAGGCGACGAAGUACCAUACUGGCGUAUUGCACUGGAGUGUUAUUAUAAAGAGCAUAAUGUUUAGCCCGGUCACCAUCGGAAUAUUGUGGACUAUAAUAGGCACGACAGUUUGCGACGAAACAGCGAAUACUAAUAAUACCAUCUGCAAUGACGAGGAAUGCAAGAAACUUGUUUCACAGGUGACAAAGCAGAUGGGAUCAUCACCACCUUGCGAUGAUUUUUACAACUAUACAUGCGGUAACUGGGAAGGCGAUAGGGAAUUAAAACACAGGGAAAUAAAGGCCAAAGCAGUAAGAGAUCUCAUAGUGCUUUUGGACAACGCCACUAUAUCACCUCAGUGGAACUCGAAUGCAACUGAGGAGCUGAUCAAUGCCUACAACUCGUGCGUAAAAACAGGAGGAGAUGAAGUCAAGCUUACAGAAGCGGUGAAGUCUGCCCUGUCUUCCUACGGCUUGAAAGAGUGGCCAAUCCAAGGGAACAGCAAUAAUGAAGAUAACAGUUACAAAGAGAUACUCAAGAAAACAGGCCCACGACCCCUGUUUCGCUAUUUUGUAUCUGAAGAUAACUCUACGCCAAUUAUACUCAUGACCAAGCCAAAAGAGUUCUUUGUUUUUCAUGAGGAUGUAGCAGAUAUGAAUGCUGUGUCGCUUUCCUUUCGAAGCGAUGAAAGCGAAACUACAACCGAGGACUAUGAUUACUCUCAGUACGAGCAGGCAGCAGAAGAAGCUUACAAGGAUUUCAUAAACAAAACAAUAAGGCUGGUAAAUAAUACCUUCCCGGAAAGUGAGAUAUCAAAUGUAGUCGAUCAUAUCGUCAAAUUCGAGAAGGAACUUCAUAAAUUUGCCACUCAAGCCCGUGAGGACACGAAACAGAUGAACAUAUCAGAGUUCAUCAAUACCACAGGUGACAAUGUUCCCAUGGUCGAAAUAUUGAAUAAGGACUUGAAAGUCAUAAACUAUACCGUGCACAAUGAUACAGAAGUAAAAGUGCAAUGCGCGGAAUAUUACACAAAAGUGGUAGAAUACGUGAAAAAUAUCACUCAACUAUCCGCAAUGCAAAACUACAUAGGCUGGAUAAUAAUCAGAGAGAUGGCUAAAGCGGAAGGAACUCUUCUUCACGCAUAUUACAUGGAAUACAAGAAUAAGACAUCCAUUUUUGAAGGGGGUGAAGAAAAGAGAGAAGACAAUAAGACACUUUGCGUACGCCAGCUGCUCCACCGUGAUCUCAUGUACACUGCGGUCGCACACUUUUACGUUAAAAAUAAGUUCGAUAAUGACUCGAAAGCGGAAGUAAUGAAGAUACUGGAAUAUGUGAAUAACACGUUCCAGUUCAUCAUUAAAAAUAACACGUGGAUGUCCGAAGAGAUAAAAAACAAAUCGCUAAAACGGCUGGAAAAAAUGAAUUCUGUGAUUGGCUAUCCUGAAUGGCUGUGGAACAAUGACACCGUAGAUAAGUUGUAUAAAUUUGUUCCCAAGCUCAACGCCGGAAUGUCGUUUGCCGCACACUUCUUCAAUCUGAAAGAGAAUAAUCACUAUCAGCAACUUCUUAAGCUAACAUACAAGUACAUUAACAAGUCAUACGAAGAAGUCGUCCUGAAGUCACAUGGAUUUUAUGAUGAAAUAGAAGACACCGUUGGGUAUCCAGCUGCUGCGCUUGUGACUCACUAUAGAAAACCUCCUAUACCCAGGGCUACAAAUUUCGCAACAAUAGGAACAGCUCUUGCACAGAUAUUGACUAAUGCGAUAGAUAGAUACGAUAAUCAGCGUAUUAACGGCAGCAUUGUUGAAAAGGACUUUUGGGAUAACACUACAACGACAAGCUUCUGUAAUAACUCUAAAUGCCUGAACAACAGUGAACAAUGCAGGAACGCUGGAGCGGACUGUAACAGUCAAAGCCAUCAGAAGCUACACGAUUACGUCGGGGUGCGAGCAUCGCACAUGGCACUGGCACGAAGCAAGGAUGGCUACACGGGACCGUCUGUAUUUAAUGAUACAAAAUUGAACACCGAGGACAAAAUAUUCUUCACUUUCUUUGGAAGUCUCUACUGCCCAUACAGUGUGAAUGAAAAAAAUCUAAGCGAACCCGAGAAAAUUGUUGAAGAAAGAGCUGAUGUCGAAGAGAUUUCCUUCCCAAAAAGCUUAAAUGAAAUCGUGUCCAUCUACGACAAGUUCAACAGUACAUUUAAUUGCAGUGGAACUCUCAAUGACACGUGUAGGUUGGUUCCUGAAGAAGACAUACCGAUCGUUGGAUGUUUUUAGAACUAACGUCAAGCAUUUUACGGGAAGGCAUUUAUCUGUGAUAAGCGGAAUAAACGCCUGACUAGCCA